CCGCCGGAAGGUCCGUCCCGCCCGGCGGAUGUUGGGGGGCGGCCGCUGAGGGAGGAGGGGCCGGCGGAGGGGCAGCCCCGGAGCGUCGGUGGGGUCGGGGGGCUCAGGAGGAGCCCCGACAGCGCGCACGUCCCGAGAUGGCGGAUGAGAACGAGGAGCUGCAGGCGGACGAGGAGCUCCCGGCUCCACCCGAGGACGGCUUCGAGCAGCUGGAGAACGACAGCCCCGCCGAGCGCAGCGGGCACGUGGCCGUCACCGACGGGCGCUGCAUGUACGUCUGGGGAGGAUACAAGAAUGCCCAAGUUCGGGGAUUUUAUGACUUCUACCUGCCUAGGGAUGAAAUAUGGAUCUACAACAUGGAAACUGGAAGAUGGAAGAAGAGCAAAACAGAGGGAGAUGUUCCCCCCUCCAUGUCUGGGAGCUGUGCUGUGUGUGUGGACAGAGUGGUGUAUCUCUUUGGAGGGCACCACGCACGGGGCAACACAAACAAGUUCUACAUGUUGAAUUCCAGAUCCACGGACAAGGUGCUGCAGUGGGUGCGAGUGGAGUGUGAGGGGGUGCCCCCCUCAUCCAAGGACAAACUCGGGGUGUGGGUCUACAGGAACAAGCUGAUAUUUUUUGGAGGUUAUGGCUAUUUUCCUGAAGGGAAACAACGGGGAACCUUUGAAUUCGAUGAGACCUCUUUUUGGAAUUCAGGUCUUCCCAGAGGGUGGAAUGACCACGUGCAUGUUCUGGACCUUGAGACUUUCACUUGGAGCCAGCCCAUAACUAUGGGUAAAACCCCGUCCCCUCGAGCCGCUCACGCCUGUGCCACAGUUGGGAACAGGGGUUACGUGUUCGGAGGCAGAUACAGGGAGUCCAGGAUGAACGACUUUUACUACCUGGACCUGGACACUUGGGAGUGGAACGAAAUACUCACACAAGGCAUCUGCCCGGUCGGCCGGUCGUGGCAUUCCUUAACACCGAUUUCCUCGGAUCACCUCUUCCUCUUUGGAGGAUUCACCACAGACAAGCAGCCACUGAGUGAUGCUUGGAUUUAUUGUAUCAGCAAGAACGAGUGGAUACAGUUUGAGCAUAACUAUUCCGAAAAACCAAGGCUGUGGCACACGGCCUGUGCCAGCGAGGAGGGAGAGGUGAUUGUGUUUGGGGGCUGUGCCAACAACCUGCUCGCCCACUCCAAAGCUGCUCACAGUAACGAAAUCCUUGUGUUCUCCCUACAACCAAGAUCUCUCGUAAGGCUGUGCCUCGAAGCAGUGAUUUGCUUCAAGGAGAUGCUGGCCAGUUCCUGGAAUUGCCUCCCCAAGCACUUGCUGCACAGUGUCAACCAGCGCUUCGGAAGCAACAACACCUCUGGCUCCUGAGCCCUGGGGCAGCCCCGGGGGAAACGAUCCGAACAUUAAAGGUGUGUAGGUUAAACCUCUGUGUCGUACUAGGUAGUCGCUUCUCACCUUUACGUUGCAUGUGAAUGGCCUAGAGAGAACCUAUUUUUGUGUCAAGAUGUUUGCAAUAAAUGUAUUUAAUGCAAGUGGAGAUGUAGCCUGAGCCUAAGCUGAAACUAGUUCUGGGGUUGUGCACCUUGAGGUGGGUGUGAGGCCACCCUGAGCCUGUGGAGACACGUGUGGGAGAGUCCCCAGUCCAGGAGCUGGGGACUCUGGAGGCUGCACAGGGAAUGCUGAGCACGCCAUGACCAUGGAGUGUUGCUUUAGGCCAGGCUGCAGGUCCUGUUGUAAUCCACAGCUUAACAUUUUGCCACAAAUGCUUAAGGUCAGAGAAGCAGGGUUGGGAAAUUGUCCGUUUUCAGUCGAUAAAUUGUCGUAAACCUCGAGAUGUCAAAGUACCACUCCUCUCUGCUUGGCUGUAGUUUGGUUUUUUGGAACUCUUUUAUGUUGUGGAACUUCAAUUGUGAACCUUAGGUAGCAGAUAUUCUGCCCUGAGAGUGUAACUGAAAGUACUUGAGCCUGUUCCCAGCCAUGUCUGUACCUGUGGAACUCCCCUGGAGCAGCCCCAAGGGUGGAGGGACACAGAGAAGGGCAGGGCUGCCUUGGCUGCUCCAGCUCUGAGGGGACAUGGAGGACAGGAACGGGCCAUGCUGCUGUGGGGAAGCAGGAGAAUCAUGUUUUAAGCUGUCUUCAAAAAAACAAUUAAAAACUUGGACUUCUAGAA